AGAUUUGUCCCUGACCUUCCCUUAAAAAUGUCCAAGCAACAGCCUGCUCAGUUUACCAAUCCAGAAACCCCUGGCUAUGUUGGAUUUGCUAACCUUCCCAAUCAGGUUCAUCGGAAGUCUGUGAAGAAGGGGUUUGAAUUCACUCUUAUGGUGGUUGGUGAAUCUGGGUUGGGAAAAUCCACAUUAAUAAACAGCCUGUUCUUGACGGAUCUCUACCCAGAGAGGAUUAUCCCAGGAGCAGCUGAAAAGAUUGAACGUACUGUGCAGAUCGAAGCCUCAACAGUUGAAAUAGAAGAGAGAGGCGUGAAACUGCGUCUGACAGUUGUAGAUACACCAGGAUAUGGUGAUGCUAUCAAUUGUCGAGAUUGUUUUAAGACCAUCAUCUCCUAUAUUGAUGAGCAGUUUGAGCGCUAUCUUCAUGAUGAGAGUGGUUUGAACAGAAGACAUAUCAUAGAUAACCGUGUUCACUGCUGCUUCUAUUUCAUUUCGCCAUUUGGGCAUGGUCUUAAACCUUUGGAUGUUGAAUUUAUGAAGGCCAUACACAACAAAGUUAAUAUUGUACCAGUGAUUGCAAAAGCUGAUACACUUUCUCUGAAGGAGCGAGAGAGGCUAAAGAAAAGGAUUCUGGAUGAAAUUGAAGAGCAUGGCAUCAAGAUUUAUCACCUGCCUGAUGCUGAAUCAGAUGAGGAUGAAGAUUUUAAAGAGCAGACCAGACUCCUGAAGGCCAGUAUCCCGUUUUGUGUAGUGGGAUCCAACCAAUUGAUUGAAGCCAAAGGUAAAAAAGUUAGAGGUCGCCUCUACCCGUGGGGUGUAGUUGAAGUGGAGAACCCAGAACACAAUGACUUCUUGAAGCUGAGGACCAUGUUAAUAACUCAUAUGCAAGAUCUUCAGGAGGUGACCCAAGACCUUCACUAUGAGAACUUUCGCUCUGAGAGGCUCAAGCGAGGCGGCAGGAAAGUAGAAGAUGAAGAAGUAAACAAAGACCAGAUUCUACUUGAAAAAGAAGCUGAACUUCGUCGCAUGCAGGAGAUGAUUGCAAGAAUGCAGGCACAAAUGCAGAUGCAGAUGCAAAGCGGCGAAGGAGACAGCAAUGCUGUUCAUGGACACCAUGUAUAAAGUCUUUGGUUACUUUAUACUUACUUUUCUGAAGUGAACCUUUGGAAGUUGAAUUAUGAUGGUGUGCCAGGAAGAAUGSCUUUUGCUCAACAUGUGAAUUGGAGUUUACUUUAAAUGUGGAAAUGYAUUGUGGUAACUUUUGUGAUAAGUCUUUUAUAACAAGUAGUAAGUCAGUAUUUUAUAUAUUACACACAUAUCACUUUGGUUCUGUUUAGUAAUUCUUAUAUUGAGCUUAUUUUCAUUUUCUUGUUGAAUUGGGGUACAAACUAGACCCUGAAACUUUUCUAGCUUGACAUUAGUUGAUUUUUCUUUUUACUAUUUUUUUUAAUAUGGCAUAUUACCCCCUAUUUUUAACUUUUUAUUAUACUUAGAAAUAAACAGCUGUCAGUGAUGUCUUGGCCAGUGUYUUAAUAGUCACUCAAUUAGGAAGUCUUGCAAGGCUAGUCUUAACUUUGUAGAUUUUGUAUCUGUGAAAUCCUCCGCCGUUUUUCAUUCCUGCUCAGUGCAGCAGGCAAUUUUCUUGCCUCCUGCAAUUAUGAAAUUAAAAUUUGGGCAUGCCUUGUGUCUUAACAAGAAGAGGAAAUGCCUCCUUGAGGGGCAUCCUAUGUUCUAUAYGGCAGGCAUUAUUUCCUUCAGCUUUAACCUUGAGGGAUGUAUUAUUACCUCCUUGCAUGCCUGUGAUUAUUUUUUUUUUUUAACUGCAAAUACUUCUUAGGAAUUUCUUGUAGAUCAAUAUAAAUGAGUACUACUAUUUUCUGGCGUUGUUGUAGCAAAGCAAACUAGAACAGUAUUGAUAUUAAGUGAAGUAAACCCUAAAGAACAGUUKUCUAUGCAAAGGUGCUUCCCAUAUGUGAAAGCACAAUAAGUUAUAUAAUUCUUACUGAACUUUCAUACUCCUUUUUAGGGCAUUGCAAACAGUUAACUUUAGUAUAAAAUACGUGCUAGCACAUGUCUCUUCAAGUGAGCUGUGCCUGAUAAGAUUGAUGCAAAUUGUAUUUUAAGGUCCUGCUCCAAGAUGGAGUUAGCAGUAUUGUGAAGCCACUCGGAUAUGUUACAGGCUUCUUUUAAGGUCAAGGUCACUUUUCUUAAUGAUAAUAGUAACAUAAGAUUUUUUUUUUUUAACCUUGGCUAGAGCUUUUUCAACAUAGCAUGGUUCAUGUUGUAGCACAUAAUGACAACUCUCAUGUACAGCUACAUACAUGGUAACCAGUAAGGCAGGCAAUAAAACACCCUGCUUGGCUUCUGAUAAUUCAGCUAUCAGAUUCCUAAUGUGCUCCGAUAUACAAAAUGUUAUCGGAACAGCUUAUAAAUAAAUAGAGUUGCAACUUUUUUCUCUUUCUARAGCUCAGGUGACUUUUAUGAAAAAUAAAUAAAAUUUUUAAUAUUCCUUUGGAAAAAGGAACAGGGCUUCUACAGCUAAAUAUAUAUUUUCAGUGGUACUUAAAUGGCUAGAUUAAAUAUCAGCUUGCUUAGUAAUUGAAACUUUUAUCUUCCUGAAACUGCUGUUUAUUUUUUUUUAUAUUUGAAUCUUGAAAAAUAUGAAGUAAAAUCCUCCAUUGCAGGCUUUGCUAGGAAGCUCCAGUGCUCUUCUCAAAAGCAGUUAUCCUCAGAGUUUUGCACAUUACUCAGUCUUCCCUCACUGCAACAAAAGUGAAAAUGAGAACCUUUUUAUAUUUUUAGAUACAUAGAAGUAUUAAGUCCUCUUUCAUCAAAUAAGUGCUUAUAAAACCUAUUUAGAAAUGCAUGUGCUUUUCCAUAUUUUUGUCUUGCCUUUCCUUUAAGAAGAAAAUAGGAAGAAUUGUCAUAAAAUAACAUUCCACAGCAUCUUACAUCUAAGUCUUUUGAUGAAUUUUGUGAAUCAGUUGUCAGAAAGUUACUGAAAAGUUACUUACUAUAAACUUAAAUCGUUAAGUAUUUUGAGGUCCUGUGCUGUCCUUCAGUUGCACGAGCUCCGAUUUAGCUUUGCCCCUGCAGCAUUCAUGUACUUUGAAGCCAUUUGUCUGACUCCCUCUUAAAUAUUCAGGAUGUAGCAUGCUCCAGGUGCUGUUCUCUUUGCUAAGGAGAAAAACUCCACGACRUUUCUGGCUUUACAUACAAGGUCAGUCCAGUAUUGCAAGCUGCAGCAGUACUAGGAACCAGUACUUGAAGGACURUGAAAUCUCAAGUAAAUGCCAAGGGGCUGUGCAUGUCACCCACUGUGGUGUUCCUCUCGAUGCUCCAUGUCUUUUCU